GAGCGGGACCAAAAGCGCUCUUAGACGAGAAGAUGUACCCCGAUCCCGCCUCGCACCCACCACUCCCACCUUCGUCGCCGCCACGCCGAUCGCCGGAUCAUGGAGAGCGAUCAGCAUCGGAAGUCCGGGGAUCUGCUCCUGAAUCCUUUUUUUCUCCGCAGGAGAAUUCCUUCUGGCCCCUGCAGAAGCUGCAGGGUAUCAUGCAUGAAGUAAAGUUGCAAUAUAAAGCUUACGAAGAUGCUGCUGUUCAAAAAGUUAAAGAUGGCUUCGUAAUUGUGACUGAGCAUCCAGCUGCAGCAUCUGGUGCUGCUAUAUUUUCUGGACUACUUCUAAUGCGAGGACCCAGAAGGUUUCUGUGGCGUCAAACGUUAUGGAGAUUCCAAAGUGAGGAGGCACAACUUAGUAAGGUUGACUCUGGCUUGAAAGAGCUUGGCCCAUCUGUUGAAAAGCUGAAGAAAGAUAGCAAAAAUAUGAUUUUGAGAGCUAGUUUUGGAGAGGAAGAAUUGCAGCGUGGCCGAACUAAAAUAAGGGAUGCAGGUAAAGAAAUCCAAAGGCUGGUCAAAUCCAUUUAUAAAAUCGAAUCACAAGCAGCAGAUGUGAUUGAUGGAUUGCGAGUAAUACCUGGCAGAGAUGCCCUGAAACUUCGGGCUGAAAUUGCUUCAAUGACUUCUGAUCUGAGACAGCAGAGGCGUGAUCUGGACAGAAAAAUCUUGAAAAUAUCAGAACAUGGCAUCCCUGUAUGAUUAAACGCUAUCUUUCUGUCCUUUGCCUCUUCGAGUUUUAGGCCGUUUUUUGCUUUGUGCACAAGAGAGAAGCUUUGGUAACUGACUCCCAAUUUAUCCAUGAAAAGAAAUUCUUCUUGUGUAAUAAUAUAAUGAAUUAAUAUCUGAACGAACUUCCACCUUUCUGCUUUCAAGUUUUCCCUGCAGUCAUUAACAGUA